AUGCCUGCCGACACAGGUUCCCUGAGGGAGGCUGAGGAAAAUUACAAGCCUAGAACUGCAAAGUUCUGGCUCGUCACCUUCUCGGCCUUUGUCUCCAUGUUUCUCGUCGCCCUGGACCGCACCAUCUUGUCGACGGCCAUUCCGCGAAUCACCGACGACUUCCAGAGCUUGGGCGAUAUUGGCUGGUAUGGCUCGGCUUACAUGCUGACCACGUCCGCUUUCCAGCUGCUUUUCGGGAGGGUGUACCGCUUCUAUGACCUUCGCUGGACCUUUCUUUGCUGCAUCGUCGUCUUCGAGGCCGGGUCUGCCAUUUGCGGCGCCGCCCCAACCUCCCCCGUCUUCAUUGUCGGCCGGGCCAUUGCUGGAGUGGGUUCGGCGGGCAUCACGACCGGGUCCAUGAUGGUAAUCAUCCCCAUGGUGCCUCUUCAUAGGCGGCCCAUGUUCCAAUCUAUUUUCGGCGUUCUCUUUGGCGUAUCUUCCGUGGCAGGGCCCUUGAUAGGCGGCGCUUUCACCAAGCGGGUGACUUGGAGAUGGUGCUUCUACAUGAAUCUUCCUGUGGGAGCCGCUGCCUCCGUUUUUCUCUUCUUUUUCUUGCACGUAUCCAAAGAGCCUCGGAAGCAAGUGCCGGUCAAGGAGCACAUCAUGCGACUGGAUCCCCUCGGGACCUUCUUCUUCAUUCCCUCCGUCGUCUGCCUGGUCCUAGCUCUACAAUGGGGUGGCUCCACGUACUCCUGGGGUAGCUGGCGCAUCAUCGUCUUAUUUGUUGUGUUUGCGCUGGCCGCUAUUGCCUUUGGUGGUGUUCAAGUCCUGAUGCCAGAGACUGCGACACUGCCGGUACGGAUCAUCAAGCAGCAAACGAUGCUGGCGUCGGCGUUUUUCAUGUUCUUUCUCGCGGGCGGAAUGAUGCUCUGCGUCUACUAUGUCCCCCUUUGGUUCCAAACUACCCACGGCAUCGACCCGGUCAAGUCGGGUAUAUACACGAUUCCCCUGGUCCUGAGCCUUGUUGUCGCCGCCAUUACGUCCGGGGUCGUCACCCAGCAAAUCGGAUAUUACGUGCCGUCCAUGCUGUCACGGGCUGUGCCCGGCUGGUGGACCCGGUUGUACCGGAAGCUGCGAGAACAUUCCGAGAAGGGCAAUAUAAGCUCGCACUCGAGGCUACGCCUCGAGUUCAGCUUCUUUCCUCCUUAG